CUAUUUGUUCGUGGGGAUGACGUUCUCACAUUAUUUGCACAACUCUUUAUUGCACCACGACAUCAUUUCUAUUUAAUACAGCGUUUCAUUGAAUUUAAGCCUACGAGGUGAGAGACUGGACCCUUUAUUAUUUUCUCCCGAGCCGGAUCCCUUCGUCCCUUGGCAGGGUGGGAAAGUGGGAACAGAGGCUGAGAUCAGCUUCCUUCGGGUGUGGGCCCUUCUGCCUGCACGUGCCUACAAAAUGGAAGCAUCGGAUUCCUUUUUCCCAUGAUGGGGGAUGCGAGGCGACAUAUGACCUAACUUUGCUUACUAUCUACUCUUCUCCGUCCCUCAGUUGCGACGACGGAAAGACCUUAUUUAUUUUAUUCCUACACAGCACAGGUUAUGUAAACUGGGAAUACUUUCUGCACAUAAUAUUAUUUGAUAUUAUUUGAACGAACUCAGAUUUUUUUCAAAAUUUGAUGUUUUCUCAUGAACCCCUACUAUUGUGCGGUUUUGAAAAAUAAAAAUUUUUGGAAAACAUUGUCGCCGAUUUUCGUAUUUAAAGGUUUAGGGUGUAUUAGUAAUAAUGAGUAAUAAUUAGUUGUAAUUGGGGCACUUUGAGACAUUUUCGGGUUUAUAGUGCAAUGAACUCUGCAACCUCUGCAUUCUCCACCAUCCUGCUGCCCUUCGGUCCUCAUGACUCUCACCUGGCAAUUUCUCUUGACAACAUCAUCUUCCUGGCGCGUCAUCACUUAUCAUCCCAAAUCUUUAGGGCGGUUAAAAUGACAGCGACACAGGCCUCUCAAACCACGUAUUGUUCUGGAUGUGAUGAAUUAAAGGAAACUGUGGCAAAGUUACAGCAGCAAUUAUGCAAGAUGGAAACGAUUUCGUCCGAUUUAGUCCGGGGUUUAACCUGUCUCAAGAGUUUAAUAGUACCACCAACCCCUCCUCACAACUACGACUCGGAUGCAUCAAUAGAUCUGGAGUUUGAAUAUCCGAAUUUCAACAAAAACUCAAAAGAGACUGAACCAUCUUCUUCUCAAGAUGCUGACAAUAGAUUGAAUGAUAUCUUCGAGAUUCCACAUCAGCAAAUUUCUCAAAUGUCAACGCAAUCAAUUCCAGACAAAGAUUCGCAACCGUCUCCAUCCAAGAGUCCCACCACCCCGAAAACUAAUCAAGUAGCAGUAGAACCAGAGCCAGAAACUUUACGAGUUCCAGAAACUAAAGUCUCGUCACCUGCCGUCUCGACGUGUACGAAUCAAGAUAAGGGAUCUUCUUCGCCAAAAGUAGUGCCUUCAACUACUAUUCCAACUAACUCUACCCCAUCCGUUGCACCGCGCUUCACAAUGUCACAAGUAGUUUCUAAGAUGUUUGAUAUUCCGCCAUUUAAGAAUGGAGGCAACAAGUACAACGCCCCCUCAACGUCCACCGCCGCCACACAGGACAAUUCAGACAUUACAACAGUAAAAGUUUCUUACACUCCGUCCACCACGGUACCAAUUAACUCGUCAACUAGACCAAAUAUUUUGGGUCGAGUGUCGCAAAAAUCAACGUCCUUACAACGAGUUACUACUACUACAACCACUCCAGUGACCUCGGUAGUGAUCCCCUCCGUUGCACCACGCUUCAUCAUGCCGACAAAUGUGGAAUACUGCUCUACUACCGAUGGCAACAAGGAUAAGCCUCAAAGUCCUCGUUCUCCACCACCAUCCUCCCUUCCGAACCCAAUAUUAACCAACGCCACUACGACCCAUGAAAAGGAGAUGACCCAAUACCCGCCCAAGUCUCAAGCUGUGUUGAUCACAUUUUCAAAGAAGAGAACACAAACGCGGAAAAAUAAAGCAAACAAACAACGAAAAGUGCUUGGUUAUCAAAUGACCCCCAAGGUACGAAAAGUCUUUCUCUGUUACGAUUGUGGCGAAUCAUUCCCGUCAAAACCGAGGCUUUACAGCCACCAAAGUGAAACUCAUGAAGUCAUAAUGUUGGAUGAUUAGUGAGUUAUAAUGUAUAAUGUUUUUUCUCGUUUUAAAGUUUACUGUUCCAGAAUAGAUUGUGUUAUGUAGGUAAGUUAUGAUUAACAACAUUGACAAGUUGAUAUAUUUAUAUACAUUCAAGUUCUUUUGGAUAUCCAAAAUUAACAACUUUUACCAUUAUCUUGUCAACCCCGUUUACAGAUUAAUAAAUGAAUUUCUCGAAAAACAAAUCCGAAAAUCCAAAGAAUGCGAGAUUUCUUUCAAAUCAGGAAUGAAACGGGCACGCGUCCAUAAAACAAAUGC